UGGUCAACAGGAAGUACUGCGGGUAUUUUGAUUCAAUAUUUUGUCAUUGACAGUGAAGUGAAGUGUUUGACUUUGUUGCAGAUUUCCCAAGAAUUUAACAACCAUGCAGGGAAUGUCAUUUCAGAGUCUCAAAAAGCACAAAGCUUUGAUCCCCUUGUACGUUUGUGUCGGCUUGGGAUGUGCGGGGGCUAUUGGGUACACCGCCCGUCUUGCCCUACGCAACCCCGAUGUUCAAUGGAACCGCACUGGUGAUAUCUCCAACGAAGAAUUCAGAAACAAACAAUAUAAGUUCUACUCUCCCAACAUUGAUUACUCCAAACUUGAAUCACCUGCGCCAAAAUACUAGAGGAUUAACCGUAAAAUAGUCGAUUUAGAUCAAUGUGAUUUUAAUUUGAAAUAAAUUAUUGUUAAGA